UCCUCAGAUCUAUGCUUCUUCAGCUCCUCCGAAAAGAUUAUGACCUGGUUGCUCACGUUUAUGGAGAUUUUGUCUUCGAGAAGAAAGUCCCUUCAAUACCCACCCUCGAAAGACUUUGCAUACUCUCUUUGCAAGCAUAUCUCAAGAGCCUCGCCAAGAUAAGUACAUCUGGAUUGUCAUUGAUGGCCUGAACGAGUGCGAUGAACAAAAACAGGCUAGAGUGGCUACCUUGAUAAACCAAAUCACUUCAAGGACUCUAUCUUCCGCUCGAGUAAUUAGCAAAGUUCUCAUUUCUAGCCGAGUCUCACCUAUUCUAUCCUCCCGUCUUCGAAAAAAGCAAGUGCUUUCCCUCACCGAAGAGAAAGAGAGUAUGCGAUUGGCUGUAAGGGGCUAUAUAUCGCAGAGAUUACCAUCCCUUCAAGAAAAGUUCAAUCAACUCCACCUGAAUUCAGGUGAGGUAGAAGAUAUUGGAGAUGAAAUCACAAAAAAGUCAGACGGGAUGUUCCUCUACGCGCGCUUGGUUCUUAACUACCUCGAGAACAAAAUCUUUUACAAAGGUUCUGAAGUCAAAUUGUCUGUGAACGAGCUUCCCAAAGAGUUGUCCGACUUCUACCGAAAGAUUCUAACGCAAAUCCUUGUCCGUUUAGACGCUCAAUCAGUCCAUCGCGUUCGAUCUAUUUUCUGUUGGAUUGCGUUUGCGAGACGGCCAUUGAAAAAGAUUGAGUUCUUGUCUGCAAUAUCUUUCAGUGCUGGAGACCCAGAUAUAACUCACCUCGUUCCUACGUACAUUUUAGAUAUCUGUGGGGCUUUGAUUGAAGAACGUCGAGAUAAUACGUUGGCGUUUAUCCACAUAUCAGUUAAGGAAUUCCUCCAGUCAUCUUCGAGCGGCCUCGCUAUUGACAAAAAAGAAGUCAUUGUGGAACACGCCCAUCAGGAUGGACGACUAGUAUCUUUGCAGAAUCCUUUACUUCGCAAAGAGCUGGAGCUGGCUUUAUGGACUAGGUCACCCAAGGGACUUGAAUCGGGUCUUCAAACCAAUAGACUUUCUAAUCACAGCAUUCCUUCAACAAGUUUACCACCGCAAGAUGGGAUAUCUUUCAUGCUAGCAGCUUAUGAAGAGUCCGUCAAAUUUCUCCUCUCUCAAAAUGAUUAUCCUGGAGUAUCUACCGAAGAGCUUGAAUCAUUCAAAAGUCAAUUUCGGGGAUCUGCAUUUACUUGUCGACUCUCCUCUUGUCCGCGAGCCACAUUGGGAUUUGAAUCUGAAGUACUUCGAGUGGAUCACGAGAUGACUCACUUACCACGGCUUCAGUGCGAUUUCCCCGGUUGCCAGAAUCCUCCCUUCGUCUCAGUACAAGCUCUAAGAAACCACGUGAAGAAGUACCAUGUUGCCCAGCCGGCUCGGAAAUCUAUACGACAAGUCGCAGAUGCUUCGCAGAUUACUUUCGAGAAUGCUGCGGAGCAGCUCGUGAACCGGGCGAACCAGAUUCGAAACUCAGGGAAUACGUCCCAAAUAGAUUCGCCUCGUCUAAUGUCAGGUAGUAUAGAGGAACGGACGCGUUGAUUAAAGGCACGGAAACGGGACGCACA